AUGUUUGUUCUCAUCUGGGCAACUCUGCUUUUCUCUGUGAGCAGCAAUGCUUACAAAGGCAGAACUGUGGGGAAACAGAACUGUAAAGACUAUUGUGUUACUUUUAGUAAGCAAAACCUACAAGCAGAGGCUGGACUCUGUGUUGUGAUCCCGUGCUAUUUCAGGACUGCUGCUGGCUUUACACCCAAACAUAUAGUUUGGUUCAAAUGUGAAGCAUCUAUUGAAAGAUGUGUUGAUGCUGACAUAAUAUUUCACAGCAACAAGAACACAGGCAUAAAACAUCAGUCUGGAUUUAAAGGACGAGUGUCACUUUUGGAGCCCGAUGUGAGAGAGAAAAACUGCAGCAUCAUCAUUAAUGAUCUCAGAGAGUCUGAUUCUGGAUCAUAUCAGCUCAGAGUUACUGGAAAAGUGAAUGGAAAACAAGAUGGAUUUACAUUCAUUCCUAAAGUAACGGUCUCUGUUAAAGGUCUUACUCAGAAGCCCACAGUAACGAUUCCCACACUGACAGAGGGACAGCAGGCCACACUGACCUGCACUGCUCCUGGUCUCUGCUCUGGAUCUGUUCCUGACAUCACCUGGACAUGGAGAGGAGCAGGAGGGACUGAAUCUCACAUUACAGGAAACAGCACUGCUUUCAAGAAUCUGACUCUGGUCACACAGAGACACAUCUCAGUUUUGACAUUUAACCCUUCAGCUGAGCACCACAACACCAGUGUCACCUGUAAGAUCACCUUCACAGGUGAAACAACUACAGAGGAGACUUUGACUGUAACUGUGAACUAUAACAGGAAGCCUCAGAUCAUCGGGAAUACAACUGUUAAGGAGGGAGAUGCACUCAAUCUGACCUGCUGUGUUGAAAGUUUCCCUCCAUCUCUUAUUGUGUGGAAAAAACUGAGCUCUAAUACAAACCUUCACAAUGGAACUCAUACUGACCUGCACAGUGACACUGGAUCAGCUACACUUGUCAUACAUAAUGUGACAGCAGAAGAUUCUGGAGAGUACAUCUGUACAGCAAAGUAUCUGGACACAACUGUGACUUUAUAUGUCAAUGUGACUGUGACUUGGUUUUCAAAGAUCCUCGAUGGCUCUGGAUGUGUGCUUCAGUCAGAGGGUUUGACCUGUGUGUGUAUCAGUGAAGGGUCUCCUUUACCUAUCGUCACAUGGCCGCUGCUGAAACACCACAGCGAGUACUCUGUCAUUACCAGUGUGUCAAAUCACACAGUCAACAGCACUGUCAGUUUACCUGUGAAAAAACAUGGAAACACCAUUGUUGAAUGUGUCAGCAACAAUGGAAAUGGGGAAGAAAGUGAGAUCCUUCUGAUCCGUCAAAACUUUCCCAAAAAAGAGGAGCAGUCAUUGGGUUUUAGGCUGCAAUUUUUGGAGAUCAUCAUAGCAUUUUUGAUUGGUGUAGUUCUUUCAUCAAUUGUUUGUUGUUCAACUAAAAAAUGCUACAGAAAAAGUGCCGGGGAGGCAACAAGGAGGCAAGAAAGUACAAAGACGGAGUAUGCUGAAAUUAGGAAAGCAGUCAAAGAAGAACGGCAAGAUGGAGAGGAAGCUGAAACGUUGGCAGUGGAGAUGAUAAACUGUGAACCAGAAAAGGAGGAAGGGAAAUAUGAGGCAGCGUAUUCGAUUGCCAAUGAUAGAUGA